GAAUAUGUUUUCGAGAACGAUAUAUAAAAAAGCCACUCCCGGUGACAUAAUGCAGGGGUAAGUCCGUCUUUUCGUAGCCAAUAACAAACUCUCCGUCGCGCGGUGACAUAAUGCAGGGGUAAGUCCGUCUUUUCGCAGAAAAUAACAAACUCUCUCCGUCGCUGAUUUUGAAAUUUAAACUUCACAGUAGUGUAGUCUCUGUAUCUCUUUCACCAGCAACAAACAUGCCCGAGACCGAGAGAGAAGAGAAAAAUCGACGAAGAAGAAUGAGAGGAGUAGGAGCAGAGAAGAAGAUAACUCUGGAGGAAUACGUCAAUUUCAUCAACUCUGCAAAGUCCAUCGACUUCACCUGCUCCUACCUCAAUCAGAUCCUUCACAUUCACGGCUUCCGAAAGCUUCACAAAUCCAACAAGAAAACUGUAGGAGAAGCAGUAGACGCAGUGGAUCUACUCGAUCUCUCUCGCUCGACUCUGAAUCAAAUCUCCGUCGCGUCAUCAGCUUCCUUAACUCUCGAUCAAGUGAUCAGCGACAUCGAAGCUCUCAAAUGGCAGGAGUGCUGCCUCACCUCUCUCCAGAUCAUCAGCUCCGAUGAAGUCACUCCAGCAGUCGCCAGCCCCAAGCAGCAAUCGAACAAGAGGAAGAUCGGAAACCAAAAGAAGAAGAAGAAAAUGCGAAGAGCGUCAGAUCUGUGAAAUUUCUAAUUACGGUUUAUUAAUUUUCCUUUAAUCUCACGUUUGAAACAGAUAAACUAUGCAGUGUGUGUGCAUUGCAUUAUACGAGAAAUAUUAAGAACGAUAUCAUAUAGUAAGCAAAAAUAUACUAUAUCUCAUCACAUUUUUAGUGUUAUCAUUAGUAUUUCUUUGCGGGGUUUUUGAUAUGAAUUUGCAAGCUCUUCGUCUUUAUAAAUAUUUUGAAAGUU